CUUAUCAUACCUGGCAACACCGUGGGUUUGUUAUGUUUUUCUGGGUUUUUGACGAUGGCUGCUGAGGGUGAUUUUCUAGCUCGAUAUCGUGCUGUUUCAAAUAAACUGAAAAAGCGUUUUCUUAGGAAGCCCAAUGUAGCAGAAGCGAGUGAGCAGUUUGGUCAGUUAGCCAAGGAGCUGAAGCAGCAGGACUGCCUGCAGUAUGCUGCCUUCUGUAGUCUGGCUAUGGCUCGGUGCGAGCAGACACUUUUCAAUGCUCCCGGAGAGGCCCUGGCGUUAACUGAUGCUGGCCGACUCUUUCUCUUAUCUGAGAAGGAGAACAAGGCGCUGCAGGCCCCCGGCUUUGAUGAACACCUUCAGGCUGCACUGAACUGCUAUAGCUUUGCCAUUAAGGUAUACAUUGACAUGAACCAGCCGGUGAUGGCAGCGAGUUUGUGUUUAGAACUUGGCAACGCACUGAAGGAGAUGAACAGACCAGGAGAAGCCAUCGUUCAUUUCCAGAGAGCUGCAGAGUUGCAGGCACAGAUGCCGAUUGAAGCGCUGCUGUCAAUGGGAGAGAUGGCCACGUGUAAAAUUCUCACCCGAGACUACGACGGUGCUUUGUCAGUGUUCACAGAGAUGCAGCUUGUGUGUCAGGAGAGAGGACUGCAGUUACCAGGCACAAACACGCUUGUUGGUGCAUUUCUGGACAUUGCGGCAAAAUGCGAGAUCUCCAGAGUGUUAUUGCUGAUGUUGCUUGAGCCGCCGCCUCAGAAGUUGUUGCCAGAACAUGCCCAGACCCUGGAGAGAUACGCAUGGGAGUCCUUUGACCCUCACAGUCAGGGUAACUACGCUAAACCAAACCCCCCCACCUUCCUGCCUGAGAAUGUUUUCCUGCUCCUCCAGUCAGUAGUGAUGGCGUGUCAGGAGAAAGACAUGGAGUCCCUCAAGUCUCUUCAGACUGAGCUUUGGCCUUUUCUGACUGCUGAGCAGAAUCAUCUCCUCCACCUGGUGGUUCAAGAGCGCAUCACUCCGUCUGGUCAAGGCAUUUAACGCCGUCCACUUUUCCCUCCCUUCUUCUGGGAAUGAUUCUUUGCGUAACGGAACAUUCCAGGUUCUGACCGGGUCUGUUGUAAGGCCUAAAGAAGUGUUGUUUUCCAAGCCUCAGUAUUUGUAACUUUUACACAGAAGCACCAGUAUUUGUUAUUAGAGCUGCAACAAAUGAUUAUCUUUGAAA